AUGUCAUCCACCCCAUCGUCCGUCCUGAUGCCCAAUCGCACAAAGAUAGCUCAACUCGAAGAUAUGCCAACUAUCCGAAUAAAGCCUCCACACAACACACAACGCAUAACACAUGCCCACCCUCGGAGUCUCACAAACAAACCGACAGCCUCGUGCCAGGCUGCAAUAAAGCCAGUGGACGUUUUGCAGUUCGGACCGUUCCCAAGGCAACUUGUGAACAAUUUGGACGGUCGGUAUGAACAGCGGCACUUCACUCAAGCCUCUAGCGCCGUCCAUCGCCCUCUCUUCCGCGUGCCAACAACGCCCAUCCUCCUCGGCCCAAAUAGAGGCUGGACCAAGCCGGCUUUAAUUUCCGCCUCUGGCCAGCAUCUCGCCUCACCGCCCCCCUCGUCCGAACCCCAGAAUCUGCCCGAGACAACUCCACCUGCCCACCAGACCAUCCUCAGCCGGACUCGUCCACCAUCCGAGAUGCUUUUGAUUGCCGUCAGCCUCCUGACGGAA